AUGGGGAAAGAUGAUGGAGGAGGUUAUGGAGGUGGGAGUUACAACCAUAAUGGUCGCCAGUUCGAGCCCCCGCAGGGCCACUGGAGGCAUUACAAAUCGGCCGCGUCUCCAAGGCCCCGUGGAACUAACCGUGCACCCGCAUUGAAACAGCGGGACCCGGUGGGUACAGCUAGUCAGGGGCACCGCAUUUCAUGCGUGCAGGUUCAGACAGACAGACGGGUAGACCUCCUCAGUAGGUGUUUCCGGAGUUCAACUUUAUUGGGUUCAAUUGCCAAAGAUGUCGACCCUGUCAAAGAAAGUUCAAAGCCAGGGAGAUCUAGUGUAUUUGCUAAACGUGGUGCACAAGCAGCGGCACUGCAUCUUAAUAAGAAGCCAGCUUCAAGUGUUGAGGCCGAUAUAACUGGCGGUUCAACGAUUAGUUCUCAUGCUCAGCCCAAGCAGGAGGCAUCUACUGCCUCGUCAAAAAACUACACUUUCAGAAAAGGUGACAGAGUGAAGUAUGUUGGAUCUUCAUCAGGCUUUUCUCUGCUGCAAACACCUUUAAGGGGUCCAACAUAUGGUUAUAGGGGCAAAGUGGUUCUUGCAUUUGAGGAAAAUGGGUCCUCUAAAAUUGGUGUCAGAUUUGAUAAAUCAAUCCCAGAGGGUAAUGAUCUUGGUGGUCUGUGCGAUGAAGAUCAUGGGUUCUUAUGUGCUGCUAACUUGCUCCGCCUUGAUAGCUCAAGUACUGAUGAAAUUGAUAAACUUGCUAUCAAUGAACUCUUUGAGGUUGUUUCAAAUGAAAGUAAAAGCAGUCCUCUAGUUUUGUUCAUCAAAGACAUUGAGAAGUCUAUGGUGGGAAACCCUAUGCUGCUUUCAAGAUUAAGCUCGAACAUUUGCCAGAUAAUGUUGUUGCCAUAGCAUCCCUUACCCAGUCCGACAACCGAAAGGAGAAAUCGCAUCCUGGUGGCCUGCUAUUUACGAAAUUUGGAAGUAACCAAACGGCAUUGCUUGACCUUGCCUUCCCAGAGAAAACAUCGGCAGUUGCAGAGAACAGGCCAACUCCGGCGUUGCAUAGUAGUGUAGACAUCCGUCCACUUAACAUGGAUGAUUUUAAGUAUGCACAUGAACAGGUAUGUGCUAGUGUAUCCUCGGAAUCUUCAAACAUGAAUGAGCUUCUCCAGUGGAAUGACUUAUAUGGAGAAGGUGGAUCAAGGAAGAAAACAUCUCUCAGCUACUUCAUGUAGAGGAGAUAUGUAACUAUAUACCAUUGGUUUAUUUAUUUUCCUGUUCUGCAGCCCGAGAUGGCAGUGGUCCCUGCAUGGAUAAUCCAUUUCAGGUUCCCCUAAGGCCCUUGUGUAUCAUAUUAGUUCAUAGGAUUUUAUCUUAGCAAUUGCUAGUCUUAGUGAAUCUCUCAAAUCUUGUCUUAUCCAAUUUUCUCCUGUGUAGGUCUCUUCUCUGUAUAUACGAGUUGACUAAUUCAAUAACCGUAUUCUAAUAUUCUUUUUCUGUAUUGAAUAUUGUAUAGUAUGAAUUCUUAUGAUGAAGCGGGCAAACUUGUUGGGGUUAACUGGAGGAGUAAAUACAGACUAUUUUAUUGGCCUC